AAAAAAAAAAAACCCUCUUUCUUCUUUAUGUUUUUUUAAAUAUGCGAGGUGUAAUAGAUCAUCUUUUAAAAUAUAAAAAUGGACAAGAAGACGCCAAUAAACUUGAAUUAGCGUUAGAGAAAGCAGUAAAACGAACUUUGGAAGAUAAUACGUUUAGAAUUCAAUUAGGAGCUUCUGAUAAAUAUUGGAAGCUAUUUAAUGCAGCACUUUUAACUCUAGUACAGGAUUCUAAUGAGCAAUGUUUAAUCAAUUUGAUCAAAUUGACAAGAAAUGUCGUUGCUGGUAAUCCUCAUAAUCAACGCUUAGCCAUUCAGUAUGCUGCAUUAUAUAAAAUCGAGGAUCUAUUAGCUGAAAAGACAAGCAGUUCAACUGAUAAUAAUAUGAUACUUCAAGUUGGCACUCAAGCUAUUUCUAAUAUGAUUACCAGUAAUCAUACAGCCAUUGACUUUAUAUGGAAAAUAUGGAUGUCUAACGAACGAAGAGGGUCUAUUUGGAGUUAUAUUUUGUCAAAAAAUAACGAUAAUUUAAUUAUGAGUGCACUUGUUUUAAUUAUAAAUUGUAUUCGUGGCAAUAAAGAAAGAUGUGACUUGCUUGUAAAUAGAAAAUUAGGUAAAGAUAUUUUAGCUGCCAUUUUGGGAGAUAUUGAAAGGUUACAUGGAAAUGAAGAAAGUAAGAAUUUCGAAUUGGGAUAUACGAUUUUAAGUGAAUUAAUUAAUUUUGGCUAUUAUAAAAAGUUAUUUAUUGAAGUAGAUGAUUAUAGUGAUAAAGAUAUUUUAAGUGAUCAUCAAAUCAUUCUUUUGAAAAUACUUGAUUCGAAGGUACAUGGACACAAAGAAGCAUUUCCAGAAUUUAUGAAUCACGAGGAAUCACUUCAAUUUCUCACCCAACAAUUUGUUCUUAUUGGAAAAGAAACUUUAAAAGUAUUAAUAUCAAUAAAAGAGCAAGGAGCAAGUCAAUUACAACCUGAUCAAAUUUCAAAUGUGUAUACUGGCAUUGCUUUACUAUUUCAGAUCAUCAAUCAGCUAUUUAUAUUAGAUCAAGAAGAUCAACAAAUAAGAGGACUCAAAGAUAUUUUGAUUAAAGUGAACACACUACAAUUAGUUAUAGAUAUUCUUGGUCACUUGGAAAUGCUCAAGUUACCUACUGUUGAAAAGGAACGUCCAGAAAUAGGAUUUAAUUAUAUUAAAAGAGAGUGUGUUCGUUUUAUAGGCACGAUGAGUUAUAAAGAUAAAGAUAUGCAAGACAAGGUUCGUACAUUAGAAGGAAUACCUUUAAUUCUUUCACAGUUGAAGAUUGACGAUUCAAAUCCUUAUCUUCGAGAAUAUGCAACUUUAGCUUUACGUAAUUUAAUGGAAAAUAAUAUUGAAAAUCAAAAAAUAAUCGAAGAAUUAAGUCCACAAGAAGUAGUUCAAACAAAAGAAUUAAGUGAAAUGGGGAUUACACCUGAGUUAACACAAGAUGGACAAGUGAUUAUUAAAAAGAAAAAAAAUUUGGGGUAAAAGAAAUAAGGUUGUACCUUAAUAAAUAAUGCUUUAUAUUAUUGUUGUCUAUGUCUAUACUUUCCCCCUUCCUCCCCCCAACUGAGAAAAAAAAA